UCCAGCGAAACAAGCAAAUCCUAGAGCUAAGCCGGAGAAGAAAAUCGCAGGGAUUUUGCGCCUUGUCGCCAAGAUUGAAAGGAACGGAAUCCAGAGAGCAAUUAAGGAAUGAAGAAAGACGAUAUGCCUGAUAAAGGUCGGACUUUUCCUGUGGAUCCGAGUGUCCCAAAAUGGGUCUGCCAGAAUUGCCACCACAACCUCUGCAUCGUCGGCGUCGAUUCCUAUGCCGAAAAGUUCUUGAACGACUCCUCUCGCUCAGCAAUGCAGGGGUCUUCUAUCCAUGUGGCUAAUAGUGUGUUGGGUUCAACGCGAAUGGAUAACUCUUUUGUUGUGUUGCCAAAGCAAAGACCCCCAGCUCAAGGGGUUCCUCCCAGACCUCGUAGUGGGCUUGGUCAGCCAGAUGCAGGCCAGUCUGGGAAGGCUAUGGAAGAAUCAUUUGUAGUUGUGUACAAGUCCGAGUCUGCAUCUGAUGGAAGUUCAACCCAUUUACCACUGCCAGAAGGAGGACCAAAUAGUCCAAUGCAGCCUAAUAACUCUGGUUUUCACUCAACUAUAACUGUUCUGAAACGUGCAUUUGAGAUUGCCACUACCCAAACACAGGUUGAGCAACCUUUAUGCCUGGAUUGCAUGAGGGUGCUGUCUGACAAACUUGAUAAGGAGGUUGAAGAUGUGACCAGGGACAUUGAAGCAUAUGAAGCCUGCCUUCAACGCUUGGAGGGUGAGCCACAGGAUGUUCUUAGUGAGGCUGAUUUUCUUAAGGAGAAAUUAAAGAUUGAGGAGGAAGAAAGAAAACUAAAUGUGGAAAUUGAAGAAAUUGAGAAACGGAAUGCAGAAGUGAACUCUCAACUAAAGGAAUUAGAGCAAAAGUCAAACCGCUUGAAAGAAUUGGAGGAACGGUACUGGCAGGAAUUCAAUAAUUUCCAGUUUCAAUUAAUUGCUCAUCAGGAAGAGAGAGAUGCAAUUUUGGCCAAGAUUGAAGUUUCACAAGCACAUUUAGAAUUGUUGAAGCGAACUAAUGUGCUUAAUGAUGCUUUCCCCAUCUGGCAUGAUGGAGAAUUUGGAACCAUUAACAAUUUUCGUCUUGGACGACUACCCAAAAUUCCUGUUGAGUGGGAUGAGAUAAAUGCUGCCUGGGGCCAAGCUUGCCUUCUUCUCCACACAAUGUGUCAAUAUUUUCGGCCGAAGUUUCAAUAUCGUAUUAAAAUUAUCCCCAUGGGGAGCUAUCCUCGGAUAAUGGACAGCAGCAGCAACACUUAUGAGUUGUUUGGUCCAGUGAACCUGUUUUGGAGCACUCGCUAUGACAAAGCAAUGACAUUGUUCUUGACAUGUCUCAAGGACUUUGCAGAGUUUGCACAUUCUAAAGAUCAAGAAAACAACAUUCCACCUGAAAAAUGUUUCAAAUUGCCCUAUAAGAUUGAGAAUGACAAAGUGGAAAACUACUCUAUCACCCAGAGUUUCAAUAAGCAGGAGAAUUGGACCAAAGCUCUGAAGUACACCCUGUGCAAUCUCAAAUGGGCUCUGUACUGGUUCAUUGGCAGCACAAACUUCCAACCCCAUUCUGCAACAGUUUCUUCUCCGUCAGAAGUGCCAUCCGUUGCAGGCUCGUUGUACGCAAAGCGUGGUCCUGACCCCAAACCUGUAGUCCGAAAAUCAUAAGACCCGUGACAGAGGAACAAUUGUAACAUAAAUCUUGUAAAUACUGAUAAAUAAACUUUAGCACCAUACUUUGGAUUUUUUGUUACAGACCGUUAAAGAUUAGAAAUCACAAAAAUAUUGUUUAACAAACAUCAGUUACUCUG